AUGGGGGGCGUGUAUAAUGGAAGCUGGGGAGGCCGGGGAGAGGUUAUCACCACCUAUUGUCCUGCUAACAAUGAGCCGAUAGCGAGAGUCCGACAGGCCAGCAUGGCUGACUAUGAAGAAACUGUAAAGGAAGCAAGAGAAGCAUGGAGAAUCUGGGCAGAUAUUCCUGCUCCAAAACGAGGAGAAGUAGUGAGACAGAUUGGUGAUGCCUUGCGGGAGAAGAUCCAAGUACUAGGAAGCUUGGUGUCUUUGGAGAUGGGGAAGAUCUUAGUGGAAGGUGUGGGAGAAGUUCAAGAGUACGUGGAUAUUUGUGAUUAUGCUGUUGGCUUAUCUCGGAUGAUUGGGGGACCCAUCCUGCCUUCUGAAAGACCUGGCCAUGCGCUCAUUGAGCAGUGGAAUCCUGUAGGCCUGGUUGGAAUCAUAACUGCAUUCAACUUCCCUGUGGCGGUGUAUGGCUGGAACAACGCCAUCGCCAUGAUCUGUGGGAAUGCCUGUCUUUGGAAAGGAGCUCCAACAACUUCCCUCAUUAGUGUAGCUGUCACAAAGAUAAUAGCCAAGGUUCUGGAGGACAACAAGCUGCCUGGUGCGAUUUGUUCCUUGACUUGUGGUGGAGCGGAUAUUGGCACAGCCAUGGCCAAAGAUGAGCGAAUGAACCUGCUGUCCUUCACUGGGAGCACUCAGGUGGGAAAACAAGUGGCUCUUAUGGUGCAGGAGAGGUUUGGGAGAAGUUUAUUAGAACUUGGAGGAAACAAUGCAAUUAUAGCCUUUGAGGAUUCGGACCUCAGCUUAGUCGUUCCCUCAGCUCUCUUUGCAGCCGUGGGGACAGCCGGCCAGAGGUGUACCACUGCGAGGCGCCUGUUUUUACAUGAAAGCAUUCACGAUGAAGUUGUUAAUAGACUUAAAAAGGCCUAUGCACAGAUCCGUGUUGGGAACCCAUGGGACUCUAAUGUUCUCUAUGGGCCACUCCACACCAAACAGGCAGUGAGCAUGUUUCUUGGAGCAGUGGAGGAAGCAAAGAAAGAAGGUGGCACCGUGGUCUAUGGUGGCAAGGUUAUGGAUCGCCCUGGAAAUUAUGUAGAACCGACAAUUGUGACAGGCCUUGACCACAAUGCGUCCAUUGUACACACAGAGACUUUUGCCCCGAUUCUUUAUGUCUUUAAAUUCAAGAAUGAAGACGAGGUCUUUGCAUGGAAUAAUGAAGUAAAACAGGGACUUUCAAGUAGCAUCUUUACCAAGGAUUUGGGCAGAAUCUUUCGCUGGCUUGGCCCAAAAGGAUCAGACUGUGGCAUUGUAAACAUCAACAUUCCAACGAGUGGGGCUGAGAUUGGAGGUGCAUUUGGAGGAGAGAAGCACACUGGCGGUGGCAGGGAGUCUGGGAGUGAUGCCUGGAAACAGUACAUGAGAAGAUCUACUUGUACCAUCAACUACAGUAAGGACCUGCCUCUGGCCCAAGGAAUCAAGUUUCAGUAAAGUUGCUUUCAAUUGACAUUUCAAGUGUUUCAGGCAUUGUUGCAUCUCUUUCUUCUGAAGAAGAUGAAGAAAAUUACUAUUUGCCUUGAAUAAAUGGAUCAUUUUGAAUUUGACAGUGGUUAAUCCCUUAUGCUUCUGAAGCCUAAAUCAAGAGACUUUUUUAAAAAAUAAAAAUUUUCAUGACAUAGCCUUAAGUAAUAAAAGAUAGAUUAGAUGAAUUUUUAUGUUACUAGUAGUUACUGAUUUUUUUAAACUUUAGCAUUAUUUUUAUAAUUUAGAAAAAUGUAGUGCAUGCCAUGGUAGGAAUUUGAAAAGUACAGAACAUAAUAGGGAAGAAAAUAGAAGUCUUGUCAGGAGGUGCAGGAACGUCUCCUGAGCAAGUUAAGAAAUUGGUAGCAAGUAUUGAUUCACGUCACCCUCCUCAGCAGGUGUUGGAAAGGGUGUGAUUGAAGGGAGUGUCCCUUGUUUAUGGAGGACCAUAGCACAGUAUCCCUGUGGAACGACUUGCUGUUUACGUCUGAGGGCUUUCAUCAUUAUCACAGCUUCUCUCGCUCAGGAUGGCUUGUGUCACCACAGAAGAAAUUUGGGGGGCAGAUGGAGAUUUUGCUCCUGCCCUACCUAGAACCUGCACCUGCGGACGACUGUGUGGAAUUCUAUGCAGAGCACAUCUGGAUUUCUUAUGCAACCUCAGACCAUCUUCUUUAGCUGUUAGGCUUCUUUAGUUGCCCUUAGGUUUGUUCUCAGAAUAACCAAGUGUGUAGCAGCAUGUGUUUGCAGUGAACUCAGCAUAGUUCACUUUUUCUUCCCUGAGAGUCCACUUCCUUCUCUUGUGAAGCUGCCCGGGAGCUACUGGAGUGAUUCAGCCCAGGGCCCUGUCGAGCUCACGCUGGCUCCUGCUGUUCUGUCUUCCUGGCAGCCUUCACUCCCCUGAUGGGUAGCAGCCACCACCCCGUCGACUCCUGCCAGACUGGACUGGGACAGAAGCCUUGCAAGAAGAUGACAUCUGUAGAUGACCUGAUGUGUCAAGAUAUAUGGAGAGAUUUAGACAACUGGCAAAGAAUUUGGGGUUGAGUUAUGACAGAGAAGCAAGCAAAUGAAAAAACCAAGCAAUUAUAAAUUUAUCAGGGAAGGAAAGGUAUAACAUGUUCCAUGGCCCAGCUGUGACUAGCGUUCACCCAGGUAUGCUGUUGUCAACCUUGAAUAUUAAGCCAAACAUGGACGAUAGGCCUUCUGAGAGCAUGUUGGCAGGAAAAGUUCAGGGUUUGAAGGUAGGUCAGAGAGGCAGGCAGUUUAUGUUCUGUAGUGGAAAAUCAAUAAUGCCUAAAAUUACAAAAGCAAGAAAUAGGAACAUAGGCUUAUAAAAGAUAGCUAAAUUCUGAAAAUAUCAUUGCUUCAGGAGAGGGCAAAUGGGUGGGGCAUGGAGACAGGAGGGAUUAUCUUCCAUAACAAGUCUUGUAGAGGUAUAUUUGACUCUUUAAAUCAAGAGAAUGUAUAACUUUGAUUAAAAAUUCAAACCAACAAAAAAA